AUGUUCUCAGAAGGCCUAGAAGAUAUGAAUGACGAAAAGCGUGCCGGACGUCCGAACACUUCAACAACAGACGACAAAGUGUAUGAAGUGAAGAAAAUGUACGAAUUACGCAAGAAAUGCCCCAUUGGAAUACUCAAAUUGUGCAGUGUUGGUAUUGCUUUUAUAAUUCUGGCUAUACUGAUGUUUGCGAUCGACCCAUUACAGAUACUAGUCGAUAAUCAACUGACCCUCAAGACUGGCACACUACUCUAUAAUUUGUGGCUGAAACCACCGCUUGAAGUGUUUAUAAGUGUGUACAUGUUCAAUAUUACCAAUGUGGAUGCCUUUAUGGGCGGGCACGAUACCAAAUUGAAGGUGGUCGAGGCGGGCCCAUAUGUAUAUCAGGAGUUGUUGGAGAACCAAAAUGUCUUAUUUAACGGCAACAACACUGUCACGUAUACGCCGCAACGAUCUGUGAGAUUUGUGCGCGAACGUUCUGUUGGUGAUCCGCUGGUUGAUAAGAUCGUGGCACCGAAUAUACCCUACUUGGGCGUAAUAUCAGCGGCCGCUGGUUACUCCUUCUUCGCUAGUAUGGCUGUGAAUGCGCUGACGAAGAAAUUCAAUUCGAAGCCGAUGUUGGAGUUGACAGUGCAUGACUAUUUAUGGGGCUAUGAGGAUCCAUUGGUGCAUUUGGCGUCAAAGGUGGUGCCGAAUGUUAUACACUUUCAGCGUUUUGGUCUAAUGGAAAGGAUGUUCGAUGAGGGCCAAAAUGUGGUUACAAUGAAAUUGCCGGACAAGCUGAAAGAAGCGGAAAUGGCGAGCGAUGAUGUUGCAGUUGAGGAAGCAGAUCGUGACUUCUCUAUUGAUAACUGGAAUGGCAUGACGGGUUUCAAAAAUUGGGACUACCACGAAGAUCGCAACCGAAGCAAAACGCCUUGCAACACACUUCGGGGCACAUACGAUGGCACUCUUUUUCCACGAAACAUACACAAAGGUGAAACAUUCCGAGUAUAUCGCAAAGCUUUCUGCCGGAGUCUGCCCAUUCAAUACUCGCACCCUGAGACAGUUAACGGCUUCAAGGGAUAUAAAUUCAAAUUGAAGGAAAAUGCUUUCGAUAGUGAUUUGGGGGAUGAGGAGACAUCGUGUUAUUGCAAGAAUAGGCGUUGUUUGAAAAAGGGACUAGGCAACAUUGCGCCUUGCUACUACAAUAUUCCUAUGGCGGUUUCUUUUCCUCACUUUUUCAACGGUGAACCUAGUCUGCUAGAAAAUAUCGAAGGAUUGAAGCCUGAUAAGGAUAGGCAUGGCACUGAGAUCAUCAUACAACCGCAACUCGGCAUCCCAAUGAGAGUGCGUUCACGCUUUCAAAUAAAUUUACUGAUGGGCAAUGUCAAGCAUAACCGAGACGUAUCGCAGUUCAAGAAUAUGGCAUUACCCAUAUUCUGGAUUGAAAUGGGCGUUGAGGAUCUUACACCAGGCGUCAAAAUGCUGCUCACGCUACUCUUCCGCGUCUGUCCAUGCCUACAGCUAGGGCUGGUAAUUACACUAAUCGUGAUCGGCGUUUAUUUGGUAUUCAGCGCAUUAUUAUGCUGCUUUUGGGUGCCUGCAUCAUGGAACUCUCUCAAUGCCAGCGUGGAACAAGCAAUGAGUGCGGAAGCGGGUCGCAAAUCGAAUAUGGGCUUUUUGCCGCUGCUAAAACAGCCUGCGUUAGUUGAGGUGAAAAAGUUGCCGAAACAGUCAAAAUCGACAAACCAAGCGAAAUGUGAUUACGAUGUGACAUUGCUGCCGCUGCAGCGAAACUUUAAGGCCAAAUGAAGAGUAUGAGAAA